GGGAGGCGCUUCCGUCCCCGCGACUCUGCUCCGGGCCGCUCGGCGGCGCGCAGGACGGUCGGGAGCUGAGCCUGCUGCCGCCGGCCGCUGGGCAGGACUAGGGGGCGAUGGAACUGGAGCCCGAGCUGCUGCUGCAGGAGGCCCGGGAGAACGUGGAGGCGGCGCAGAGCUACCGGCGCGAGCUGGGCCAGAGGCUGCAGGGGCUGCGGGAGGCGCGGAGGCAGAUCAAAGAGAGUGCAUCACAGACAAGAGAAGUCCUCAAACAACAUUUUAAUGAUUUAAAGGGAACCCUUGGGAAACUUCUCGAUGAACGGUUGGUGACACUUUUGCAAGAGGUGGACACCAUUGAACAGGACACCAUUAAACCGCUAGAUGACUGCCAGAAACUCAUAGAGCAUGGAGUUACCACUGCAGAGGACUUAGUCCAAGAAGGUGAGGUUGCCAUUCUUGGUGGUGUAGGAGAACAAAAUGAAAAACUGUGGAACUUUACCAAAAAGGCCUCUCAUAUUCAGUUGGACAGCUUACCAGAAGUGCCUUUACUGGUUGAUGUGCCUUGCUUAUCGGCUCAGUUGGAUGACUCAAUUCUUAACAUAGUGAAAGACCACAUUUUUAAUCACGGAACAGUAGCAUCUCGCCCACCAGUACAAAUAGAAGAGCUAAUAGAGAAGCCUGGAGGCAUCAUAGUACGAUGGUGUAAGGUGGAUGAUGACUUUACUGCCCAAGAUUACAGGCUCCAGUUUCGUAAAUGUACUUCCAAUCAUUUUGAGGAUGCAUAUGUAGGCUCUGAAACUGAAUUUAUAGUAUUACACAUCGACCCCAACGUUGAUUAUCAAUUCAGAGUCUGCGCCCGAGGAGAUGGCCGGCAGGAGUGGAGUCCGUGGAGCGUCCCCCAGAUAGGUCAUUCCACACUGGUGCCUCAUGAAUGGACAGCUGGCUUUGAGGGGUACAGUCUGAGCAGUCGAAGAAAUAUAGCACUCCGGAAUGAUUCUGAAUCCUCAGGUGUUCUUUACUCCAGUGCUCCAACUUAUUUCUGUGGGCAGACAUUAACAUUCAGAGUUGAAACUGUGGGACAGCCAGACAGAAGAGACAGCAUAGGAGUGUGUGCGGAAAAGCAAAAUGGCUAUGACUCUCUGCAGCGGGAUCAAGCAGUGUGCAUCGGCACAAAUGGUGCAGUUUUUGUAAACGGAAAAGAAAUGACUAAUCAGUUGCCUGCAGUUACUUCUGGUUCUACUGUCACAUUUGACAUUGAAGCUGUGACUCUAGGAUCCAUCAAUAAUAAUGAAGGUGGAAACUUCAAGCUUCGAGUAACCAUUAGCUCAAAUAACAGAGAAGUGGUUUUUGAUUGGUUGCUUGACCAAUCCUGUGGUUCUCUUUACUUUGGAUGCUCAUUUUUCUACCCUGGAUGGAAAGUGUUGGUGUUUUAGAUUUCUGGAUGAAUGACUUUGGUUUGUGGGUUUCAAUGUUUCUGUCUCCAGCUCAGUUAAGUUUUGAUUUAAAAGUCAUUAGGUUCAUCUCUUAGUUAAGCCAUUGAAAAUGGAAAAUAUUUACUGGACUUAUUUUGCAAUAUUUUAUCAACAAGAAACUUGAAUAUUGUGGACAAAACCAUCAUGUGGCCAAUUUUAUUUUCAGGACAGUUUUAAUCGAAACAUCACAUCAUAGUAAAAGAAAAAAAAAAUCAACUUGGAUUUAAAAGUCUGAUAAGAUAAAGGCCUAUCCCAGUACUUUUUAAAGAUGAUUAUGAAACAGAAAAACUUAAAGUAACAUUGUUUUAUUAAGUCUCCACCCUUUAAGGAUCUAAAGCCAUAUUAAAAACUUUAGAACAACAGGAAUAGACCAGAUGUCUAUAUUAACUGUGUACUAUCUCUGUGAGUGUUGAAUAUGCUAUUUUCAAGCUUUGGUAAGCAGUGUUAAAUUUUCUCUCAUGUUUAGUAAUCUUUAAGUCUCAAAAGCAUGACAACUUUUGCAUUUCUUAAAAUUACUGAACAAAUGUCUUAGUAAGCAUUUGUUUAUUUGUUCUUCCUUUGUAAUUUGAUUCAUGAUAGUUUAAUUUUUUCAGGGUAAAAAUACUUAUGGAAAUAGUAUACACAGCAGUGUUAGCUUUUUUGCAUGUUUGUAAUGUGUACAUGUGCAUAUCAAUCCUCAGUGGUAUGCUUACUACUUUUCAUAGAGUAUGAACUGCAGUCCAGUUUAAUGUCAGUUUUACAAGUGGUCUUCCAGUGGAUCAAACAGAUACAGAAUAAAUAUUUGACUUGUUUUUUUGAAAGACUUAAAUUUGCUUAAAGUAUUUAUUUGAAAAGACUUUUUAUAUAAAGACGAUGAUCUUAACUUGCUAUACCAGCUUACAGAGGUUUUUUUUUUCCCCAAUAUAUAUAUAGAUCCAACCACUAAAGGCUGGGUUUCCUUCCUUCCUUUUUUUUUUUUUCUUUACCAGAGCACUGCUCAGCUCUGGCUUAUGGCUGUGUGGGGAAUUGAACCUGGGACUUGAGAGCCUCAGCAUGAAAGUCUCUUUGCAUAACCAUUAUGCUGUACCCCCACCCUUUAAAAAAUAUUUUAAUUUUAUUUUUGAGAGAGAUGCAGAGAGAGAGAGACACACAGAGAAACACCAGAGCAUUGGUCAGCUCUGGCUUAUGGUGGUGCGGGGGAUUGAACCUGGGACUUAGGAGCCUCAGUCAUGAGUGUCUGUUUGCAUAACCAUUAUGCUGUCUCCCCCGCCCACAGAGUUUUUAAUGUGAAUUUUUUUUCCACUUUGACCAAUAAAAAGUGGAAAGGCAAAUUUGAUAUUUUUGUAAGAUAAUUUAUUUGGGGAUUGAAAUUCCCUGUUAGAUAAUCAUGACAUUUUUUCUGUGCCUUUUUAUAGAGUUGUCUGUCACUUGUUUAGUGACUGUUAAGAAAAUGUGCUAGAGGGAGUCGGGCAGUAGUGCAGUAGGUAAAGCGCAGGUGGCGCAAAGUACAAGGACUGGCAUAAGGAUCCCAGUUCCAGCCCCCCGGUUCCCUCACCUGCAGAGGAGUCGCUUCACAAGCAGUGAAGCUAGUCUGUAGGUGUCUUUCUCUCCCACUCUCUGUCUUCCCCAUCUCUCUCUAUGUCUCUCUGUCCUAUCCAACAACAAUGACAUCAAUAAUACCUACAACAAUAAAACAAAAAGGGCAACAACAGGGAAUAAAUAUUAAAAAAGAAAAAAGAAAGAAAAUGUGCUAGAAUGGGGGCCUGGUGGUGGUGCACUUGGUUGAGUGCACACGUUACAGUAUGCAAGGACCCAAGUUGGAGGCCCCAGUCCCCACCUGCCAGGGGAAAGCUUUUCAAGUGGUGAAACAGUGCUGCAGGUGUCUGUCUCUCCCUCUCUAUCACCCCCUUACCUCUUGACUUCUGGCUGUCUCUAAUAAAUAAAGUUUAAAAAAGGGGGAAAAAAAAAAAAGAGAAAAUGUGCUACAAUGUAGAUGCCUUGUCCAGUUGUAUGAAACAUAAUAAAAACCUGAGUUAAAUGU